GCAAACCGAAGCCAAAUAUCCUUUCUUUGGCAAAUUUGAAAAGCCAACCUUUUCCUGUCCUCAAAAUAUCAAAAAUGGGACUUCUCAAUCUCCAACUCAGCUCUCACUCUUCAUGCGCUUUAUCACUAUCCCAAAACUUGAAAAACACCACAAAAGCUAACAAAUCUCUAAAUGCUUUCAACUCUAAGCGUCCGAGCUCUGCCAGAGCCACAAUUAGAGCUGUCGGCACUGUCCCAGAGAAGGAAUCUCAGAACACUGAACCAGCAGAACCACCCUCUAUUGGAUUUGCAUUUGUCAGUUCUGUUUUGCUCCCAGAUGGAACCCCAGAUGUGCAAUAUCGAACGGCUUGUGGAGGCCAGAAGCUCAGGAACAUAAUGCUGGAUGCCAAUAUUGAUCUGUACGGACCAUAUGCAAGACCUCUCUUAAAUUGUUCAGGAGGUGGAACGUGUGCAACAUGUAUGGUAGAGAUUAUUGAAGGGAAGGAGCUUCUAAGCCCUCGCACUGAUAAAGAGAAUGAAAAACUUAAGAGGAAACCAAAGAAUUGGAGAUUAGCAUGUCAAACAACAGUUGGUCAAGCAGACUCUACAGGGAUGCUUGUGGUUCAACAACUACCGGAAUGGAAAGGGCACGAGUGGAAAUAUGAUAAGCUAUCUCCUGAAGAGGCUGAAAAGUUAUUGUCUUCACCUGAGACUCAGUAGCAUAAAACAAUUAAGGAUAGGGCUUUUUCUUGUAGUAAUUGGUGCUUAUGAAGAAAAUCCUGGAAACGUGUUAUAAAGAGUAGUAUUCUUCUGUUUUAAGGCUCUUCAAUCAAGAAAUAUGAUGAAAUAAAACAGAAGAAUCUGAGGCUUGGCACAAUCUUAAGUAGCGUCUCAUCCA